UUCGCACCCCGAUCAAGUCGCUUUUUUGGACCAGAUUUUCCUUGGACCUGUUUAUUUCGCUUUAGCGAAAUAACUUGUAGAGAUCCGUCGCGUCUAUGUCGGCGUCGCGUCAUUUCCAAAGAGCACAAAAAAGCUCUCCUAUCCUCACAAUCAGUGCACAAUCUUGUUUUUCGGAAUUAUUGUGAUUGUCUGUCUACCCCCAACAUCGUAUCGUAUCGUCGCGUUCGUCGUUGUCGUCAGAGCGCAUCUUUAUCGUAUUGUUUUUUAUUUUUACGACACUUAACAAUAAGUGAGUGAUAAAACCACUUUAACCCUCAAACACCGUUACGGAAGAGAUAAAGUGAAUAAUCGUAUGUGACUAUUAUUUGCAUCUUUUUAUCGCUGAUCGCUGUUAAAGCCAUAUUCUCCUUAAAACGCACACGGCCCGGCCGGCCGUGAAAAUAUCCCAAACGGUUGUGUGGAAAAUUUCCUUGCUUAAUAUCUCGUUCGUGCGUCUCCGUUGUUUUGUCGUUUUUAGCGUCCGUCGUUUUUUGAUAAGGAAAUCUUCCUAUCUACUAUCGUGAUUGGUCCAGUUUUCAUAAUUAUUAUUGUGAAUUAUUGUUUAUUUUUGCUAGAAGGAGCAUCUUUUCCCUAUCUCCCUAUUAAUAGACCGUUAAAGGAAUGCCAACUGUAAUUAUAAAAUUAAAAGAAUAUAAUAAUUGUUAUCAGUUGGCAUGUGAUGCUGUUUGAAGUUUUUAUAAUGUGAUUUGUUUUUGUUAUAUUGAUUAAAUGAUCGACUAUAGCUAGACGAACAAAAAUCAAAAGUCGAUAAAUGAUUGAUAGAUUGAUUAAAAAAAUACUGUCUCAACGGAACAUGUCGUCACAGAGAGAGAUAAAUGCCAUAUUUUUUAACAUCAAACAACCAUUGUGAAUUUUUGAGUAUAAUUUUUAUUUUCUGUCGGUUUUAAUUAAGUGAAAAUAUUUAUAUAAACCAAAAAAUAUAAUCUACGUCAAAAAUAAUCCUGAUUGUGAUUCGCGAAUUUAUUUAUCGAUUUAUUUUUUUUAUUCGAAACAAAAAAAUAAAUUAUAAUUAUUCAAAAUGAAAUUGAAAGCAGCUCUUGGAGAAGUUUUGGAAAAACUACACGUUGGAGAAAAUAAUUUCAAUAAUAACACAUCAGCAACAAUUACAAACAACGAUAUUGUUUAUAUCAGAGCCGUUGGAGAUGGGAGUGACGUAGACAACAAUGACAACACCCAGGGAACAGUCAAUGACACGGAUUCAGAACUUUCCUCGCUUUCACAUGUUGACGACCCUAACGAUGUCAUCAUGGUAUGUGGAGUUGUCAUUGCCAUGCUAUUGGUUGGACUUAUUAUAGUAUUAGUUGCUGUUACAAUAAACAAAUUGCGCAAACGUGAAGAGACAUCCUCAGCCAGUCCGGCAACAAACAUUGAGGCUCAAACAACAACAUUUGCGACAACGCCUGCAAAUCAAAAUCACCACCAUCAGCACAACAAUCACCAACAUAACAAUUAUCAUCAUCAAAACAACAAUCAUCGAAACAGUACAAGCAGUCAAUGCAGUAAUAGUAGCAGUCAAAACAACCAGCAAAUGUUUUCAACAUCAUCUUCGACAACUAGUUUUGAGGCAAAUCAUAAUCAAAAUAACGCCAAUAUGAACAACAACAACAACAAUCUGCAUCUUCAGUCGUCAAUCAAUUCGAAUGGAAAUUGCAACAGCAACAAUAAUGGCAGCAACGGUCAAUCAGUGACAUUUGUCCGUCAGAGUCCAGCGUCAAACGGUUGGGUCUUUCCGCCAAAAGCCCCAACACCAAACAUCUAUAAUUGCAGUAAUAAUUUUGAUGCAAUAGUAAAUGCCAAUGAUAAACAUGGAUUCAAAGGAUUCCGAAAGCAAUUCAGCGGAAGAUUUAAGCGAUUAGUCGCGAAAAAACCGGCCGAACCAGCACCAGCAAUACCACCAGAGUUGAAACCUCAACUUAAAACAAUCUUUGUCUACUAAAUUAUUAUAAUUCAUAUAAUAUAAUAAUUAUUAUUGAGAUCAAGAAGAAAAAAAAAACAACAACAAAAGAGAAAAAGUUUAAGAAAAAAAAGAAAAUAAUUAUGAGGCAAAUAUACUAUUAUUAUUAUUAUAAUUAUUUAACAAAUGCCCGCAGGAUAUGUAUUAGAACUAAGAUUUGAAUAUAAGAAUAAUAAAUUAAAAUUUAAAUUAUUUUAUUAUUUUUCCUCUCAAAUCGAGUUCAUCCCUAUAUUUAAUUUAGAUAUGGGCUCAAUUAUUAUUCCUAUUAUUUAUAUGGGAUAGACAAAAGAUAAUUUUAGAAACAAAAUAAUCUGUAUUAAUUUUAUGUUCUCAGCUUAAGCGCCAAUAGAAAAGCAAAAAAAGAAAAAAAAAUAUCAAAAAACAAUUAAAAAAACAGUCCAUAAUUAUUAAGCAAAAAAUUAAAUAUUAAUUAAUUUAAUUUCAAUUGUUGUUUAAAAUUGAUUGAAAAACAAAAAACUGAAAAUUGUAAACUGUAAAUCAAAAUACUAAAAGUUCCAAAGAAUGAGAACAUAAUAAUUCAGAUACACGAUCAUUAAACACUAAAAACAAAAGACAUUUUCAUCAUCCUGCAGCUUUGUUUAAAGAAAAAGAAAAAAAUAUGUAUAAACUCUCAAAAAACAGAAAUCUUUUGCUAAACUCAAUUACACCAAGAUCACUUUCAAAAACAAAAAAAAACACACACCACAACCACACACAGAAGAUGAAAGAGAAAUUUUGUAAACACAAAGCAAUUUACACAAAAAAUUAUUAAUUAUUUUUUGCUGCAAAAUUGCUUUCGACAAGACUGAGAUUUACCAGAUUGUAUAUGUAGUUUUAUUUAAAAAUAAUUAAUUCUUAAUGAAUAAAUACAAAAAUCUAAAGAAAAAGAAAUGCAAAAUAAAACCAUGUAUUCAUUUAUGGAGGAGUUCAAAAAUAUCUGCAUAGAUACUUUUUAACGACGAACCUCAAUUCAUGAAGUACGUUAAAUAUCUCGAUUAUGCGGGGCUUCAAACCGACGGUUAGGUUGAGUUCUAACCCGGUUUGAUAGCUUGCAGCAGAGAAUAUGCAUUCAUGAGGGACGAUUAUGCCCUCAAAAACACCAGGCCCAAAAUGCUUCAAUGCGGCAGACAAAGAAAUUUAUGCAUUUUUGAUGCCUCAGCAUAAAUAUGUCAUUUUUUCUACUUGUGAUUAUCUUCAAAAUUUUAAGAUUUCAAUUUUUCAAAAUCCCUUCACGGAAUAUUUCAGUAAAACUUAAACUCAUACCAAAACAAAAUACACUAAAUUUUUCUCUGUUAUUCUAAAUAAAUAUUAAAUUAUUUAAAUUUUUUGGCAAAUUACAAAAAAAAAACAAAAAC